GUGUUUCUUCUUCUUCGUCAUUUCUUAGAAGAAGGUGUGAAGAAAGUAUAUCAAUGUUUUUGAGCUUGGUGGUAUUAAUUAAAUCAUGACUUAUCGGAACAAGAUAAUAAAGAUAAGCCAUACUGAUAAUUAAACAACAAUUUUAUUAGUAAAUCGUUACUCAGUUUAUAGAGUACAUAUCGUAGGACCCUAAUUAAAUUUGUCUUUUUAUGGAGGGAAGAUUCUUACAAGUUACAAAAAAAAGCGCGUGGAAUGAAUUAUAUUUGGAAAAACCAUCUCUAUCUCUAUCUUCUUCUUGUAAGUUUCAUUUCAUUGGACGGACAGCUAGCUGUUUGCAAGAAUAUAACUAGCAAAUAAAUAUAUUCAUAUACAAAUUCAUAAAUCAGAUUCCAGAAAUAAGAAAUUUCCUUCCACUGAUGAAUUCUUCUACGGGUAAUAACAUAUACUCUUCUUCUCAUACACAACCUUCAAUUAAUGUGGUUCUUCUUUUAACUGCAGCCAAAGAAACUACUGCAACUGCUAAAAUGGAGCACAAGAAAGCAACAACCAGGAAAAACACAAGUUUUGCAUGUAGGGUUCAUCAACAUGUAAAACUAGGUCCUAAACUAUCAGAGACUCUGAAGGGUAAGUUGAGUUUGGGUGCAAGGAUAAUACAAGAAGGUGGGAGAGGGAACAUUUUCAAGAAUAUUUUUGGUAUGCAAGAAGGAGAGAAAGUGUUGAAGGCUUCACAAUGUUACUUAUACACAACAGCUGGUCCUAUUGCUGGUGUUCUUUUCAUCUCCACCCAAAAAGUUGCAUUUUGUAGUGAAAGACCAAUAACCUUCUCUUCUGCAUCAACGGGAGAGUCGCGCAAGAUACCGUACAAGGUUUUGAUACCAAUUGGGAAGAUAAAAGAAGUCAAUGAAGGGCAGAAUGUGAAUCAGGAAGAACAAAAGUAUAUAGAAAUUGUUACUCACGAUGAUUCUGAAUUUUGGUUUAUGGGAUUUUUACGAUAUGAGAAAGCUUUUAGGAAUCUUCAAAAAGCCAUUUCAAUGUCCAUUUAGCCCUACUACACAUUGUAUGAUUUUUUAUUUUUUUUUAUGUUUGAGAUGUACAUAGGUCUUUGAAGUUCUAUGUAAAUGGGAUUUUCAAUGUCAAGUUAGUAGAAUUAUAGUUGUUUGUACUCUAUAGUCUAUUACUGCUAGUUGCUUCAUUCCUUCACUUUCCUUGGUGAUUAUGAACACAAGAUUAAGUUGUAUGUCAUGUAAAAACAAGAAAGGAAACCAAAUGUAUGUAUAAAAUUGUAAGACUGUAA